UAUUCGUCUCUGACACCCCGAAAGGGGGGCCCCAAACACGUGGCCCAUUUGGUUUCGAAGCCUGAGCUCUGAAGCCUGAGCCUUCCUGGUUGCGCUCACCACUGGCCCGGUCGGAUGCGCCGAUGGCGGCAGCUUGGGGCCUUUUGCCUUUGCGGAGCUGUUUUUCUUCCAAAGCCAGACGCAGAGGUUUGGCUUCAUCGCCCUUCCUCUCGCGCUACACUGCUGGCCCGUGCCGCAUCCACCGGGCGAAGAGCGCCUGGCGAGAACCCGUAUGAUAUUUUAGGUUUGCCGCGUGGCUGUACACCGGAAGAGAUCAAGCCAGCUUUCCGGCAACUGGCAAGAGAGAUGCAUCCCGACGUGCCCAACGGGAGCGAGGAGAAGUUCAAGCAACUGGUUUGGGCCAUGCGCGAGCUGACCAGCGAGAAGGGGCGCAAGAAAUGGGCCAUUCAAGGCGAUCUCAUGGGAGUCUCUUUGCAGGAGAUGUCUUUGGAAAGCGAAGACUUUGCCUUUGAUAUGCGCGACUGGCCGUUCGAAGAGCUGGAAGAUUUGCUUCGCUUGUCUGAGGAGGCAAUGGACGUCAGCGAAGUCCGCACCACUUGGAGCGAUGAUGGCUUCCUGGUGGAGGAGAGAGAAGGCAAGACCGCGCCGGGCCCCCUGAACUUCGACAUGAUCUAUUUCAACAGCCCACCCUCUGGUUAGAGCAUUGAACGAGCGCAUGCUGCCACAUGCUCUAGACUCGUUGGCAGCCGAUUUUCGGUCUAAGCUCCCUCGGAGAAAAUGGAAGUGGAACAUGGCCAGCAGGAAAUUGUUUUGCUCUUCAAGCUAGCCAUGUUCAGCUUCCAUGGUGUUUGAGGGAUGCUAGACCCUCGAGUCUGUUGCAAAGGAUAAUACCUGACUGCUGCAACAUGCCACUUGUCGGCAGGCAAUAUGAUUCUACGGCGCUAUGGCUCAGACAUGUGCAGAU